UCCUUCCCUCACCAAAUGAGAAAUCUUCCAAACCACUGACAUUUCUCAACAAUCUCUCGGAUCAGCUCAUCAAGACAAUUUACUGAUUGCACGGAUUUAUUAACUCUUUGCAGUCCACACACUCUCCGAGAAAGAAGAAGAAGAAGAAAAUGCAGAAGAUGAUUAAUUCCGACGUUGGCCGCCGAGCAUGGAACAUCCUCCGGCUUGCCCUCUUAUGGGCAAGGAAAGGCGGGUUGUUCAAGAGAAGGUUGAUGAUGGACCACCUCAACCUCUUCCCCAAGUUCCUCAAAAGCCUCGGCCGCUCCUCUGGCGCAGGGGCCGGCGCCAUCCACUACGGCGAGCGGCAGUUCUCCUUCGACAAAACCCCCAUUAUCCACAUCAAGAUGCACCGCCCUAAUUGCUCCAUGCGAUUCCGGAUGCCUCACAUUCCUUGCAUCAACUCGCAUUCCAACUACGAUUUCGAGUUCAGCGACGACGGCGCCGACGCCAUCAGCUACUGCAACGACGUUGAAGACAGGAAGAGUUUCUUGACGAUGGGAGAAGGCGAGGAGGAGGAGGAGGAGGAGGAGGAGGGGAUUGAUGUCAGGGCGGAGCAAUUCAUAGCUAAGUUCUAUGAGCAGAUGAAGCUCCAAAGACAGAUAUCGUAUCUGCAAUACAAGGAAUCUCUGCGUGGAGGCUCGUGUUGAUCGUUACCCAAUUGCUUCUUUCCCUCCUUUUUGCUUAAUUAUAUAAAUUUUGAUCUUUUGCUUAUCUGAAACGGGAUACAUAUACAUAUAUAUAGUCAAAGAGGCGCCGUACCCUUCGAUCGAGCUGAGCGUUCAGAUUCCUUCAAUCUGCGUCAUUCUUUAUAUAUAUAUAUGCAUAUAUAGUGCGAGAGAAGAGAAUGAAAUCAGUUUUUAAGUUUUUGGAAUAAAUGAAGAUCGAUGGCCGAUGGGAUCAAAUGGUUUUUCAGCGCAGAGAGACGAGUGCGAUUUUGUUCGGCCAACGUACGUACAACUCAACCCAUGUAUUGUGUCCGGUAAUGUACAACCUCCAAAAGCACAACUUUUGUUUUUUUCUUUUUUCUUUUUUCUUUUUUUAAGAAGAAGAAGAAGAAAAACAACAAGAAUAAUAAUAAUAAUAAUAAUAAUAAUGUGAAAAAAAAUGGAGAAUUGGAGAUCUAUGAAACUUCUUACAUUUAUUUUAUA